AUGUUACCUGUUUGGUCUGGCGCAUCGACGCGGGCUGGCCGAUUCAUCUCCGUCCCUCGGGGCGGAGGGUAUCGCAAACGAGAUCAGACUCGGGGGGAUUCGGCCUACCAAGCCGAUUCCUCCUUGAAGUCUCAGGAAGGUAACGAUAGGAACAUGAGAAACAAUGACAGGGCCCCUCCUCUGAGGGGUCGCCUUCCAGGGGGACAGCAUCGCGAGCGUGAUGUUGCGGAGGUAGUAGACUUGGAAGAGUAUGUAUGUGAACACUGCCAGAGACCGUUCGUCACGAAGGUGGGGCGGUCGCAGCACGUGCGACGGGCUCAUCCGGUCGAGUACAAUCGGGAGAUUGUGGUCGACAGGGCGAAGGCUCGAUGGUCUGAGGAAGAGGCGAGGGUGAUGGCGCGUGCCGAGGCUGAAGCCACAGUUGCGCAGGUACGUUUCAUGAACCUGAACCUGGUGGAAGCCAUGCCCGACCGUACUCUGGACUCGAUCAAGGGACAACGCCGUAAGGCGGAGUACCAGGAUCUUGUCCGGCAGUACGUUGCGGACUUGACAGCGCGGGCUGCCACUCCCGACUCAGAAUCGUCCAGCGAUCCGGAGCCGCUGUCGCCUGAGGCUGAGGUGCCGGUUGGCGAGAAGUUCUUCCGGGCGAUUGACCAGCUUGCUGAAUCAAUCGACUGGGUGGCUCUGGGUGACCAGCACGGCGGUCUUCGGGAGCUUAUUGGCGAGUGUCGCCGUCGGGGCAUCAGUGAUCCGCUCUUGCAACUGGCGGAGUUCAUCCCACAUCUCAGACUACGGAGGUUACUGCGUUUACGUGCGUCCUCCGUAGCCCACGUAGUCGCCUGUGCGGGCGGGGCAAUGGUUGAUUGUCAAAUCAGCUGGUGUCGCGCUCGCCUGGCGAACGUGCCAAGACCUGAGAGUGCGGACGGCCUUAAAGCGUACUGGGCACGGCUAUGGCACCAUGCGGUGGACGGAGCUGACCUGUCUCACAUUGCCGAAAGCGGUCUGGGUCCGUGCGAACUCACUGUGCAGUCGUAUGAGGGUCACACGAGGGCGACGAGGGGGCCGCGAUGUCAUGUGUCGUGCGGGUUGUCAGGUGACUGA